AUGUCCAGUUUAUUAGGGUUACCAGUCAUAACGCCUCCGGCACUGAAUUCCUCAAGGGAGAUCAACACACAGACUUCAGUGCAAGAUGGCAAUAUCCGGCAAUCUCAUCUUUACUCUAUCGAAGUGGCUAAGGCACACUCUCCUACUCAAUACUAUGACUACUUCGUGUACAAGUCGAUCGAUCGGAAUGGUAACGGACAGAUAUGCAUUCCACGUAACCUCAACUCCGUCUGUACCAAUAUUGAUGAUCAAAUCUCUAUCGAGCCAUCUGUCGGUAAUCCUAUGACUUGGGCCCAAUUCCUAUACGCUACAGACGUUGUCGCUCAAGACUUCAGACUUAAUGGCUCGUCAAUUUCGGCAUCCGACGUUGUCAUUCGCCCAGCUAAUUUGAAUUACAAUAUCCAGUCAAGUAAUGGGGCUGUGUUUAUCACCGUAGCCUACAGAGAUCACGGUGUAUGA